AUGACCGACAACCACGUCCUGCCAUCCUCGAUGGAUGUUGCCGCGCAGACACCAUCCAGCUCUACAGGCACGCCCAACAGUCGAGGCACAAAGCGCAAAGACUCAGACAUGGAGCCUGCCGCCCUCAAGAACGAAUUCAGUCCUAGCUACGCAAACCUUGCCACCCACGAGAGCCCCGUCAACUACAACAGCGAUGCCGCGAAUGGCAAAGAUCCCACGGGCACUGGUAGAAGCACACCAGGCUCUGCCGAGAAGCCAUCGGGCAAACGCAUAAAGACUGCGCGCGCCUGCGACUCUUGUCGACGCAAGAAGAUCCGUUGCGAUGUCAUCGAUGAUGGCGGCCCUCCUGCCGGUUCGCUCAACAAUGGCAAUGGAGGGCUGGUCUGCGCCCAUUGCAGGCAGUACGGCUUCGAGUGUACCUUCUUUCUUCCUAUCACAGAGACCAGAUUCAAGAAAAAGUACCAGAGAGAAGCAGAGGAGGCAGCCGCAGCCGCCGCUGCUGUCGCCGCUGCUUCAGGUGCCACCUCGCUGUCCAUGCACCCUGGCAGCUACGCGGGUGUGGCACAUCCUUCUUAUCCUGGCAUGAUGCAAACACAGCCCUACAUGGGGGCCCUGCACAAUCCAGCCGGCUUCCAUGCGAUGCAAGCCGGCCUUGCUCACCAAGGCUGGGGCUCUGGCGUCAUGCCGCAGCAUACGCCGAACCAGCACCCACCCCGCUCGGCAGCUCAGCAGCUAGGCGGUUUCCCGCCGCAGCGACAAGGAUCGCAACCGAGUUCGACUCCGAGUGCGGCUACAGCUCAGCAAAAACGUAGGAGCCCGUCCCGCACACCGCCGACAGACACGCGCGUACUCGGUCCAACUUCGAUCGCCUACCUCGUUCAUUCGACCGCCUUCAUCCCAGGCGCUGCCAUUGAAGCACACGACAUCAAGCACAACCAGACAUUCGAGGUCGGUGCCAGCGGCGAUGGAAUCAUUCGCUUCCAUCGCGCCAAGGUCAGGCCUGCAAAUGGGACAAGUGCUGCCGCUGCUGCCGUCACAGCCGAUCCGGACGAGGACGAAGUGACACGUAUACCCGAAGCUAUCAAAGGCCGCCUCGCUGGCGACGUGGCUGAAAAGCUGGUCAACACCUACUUCGCAAAGAUUGCGACUCUCUUCCCCGUGGUCACAAAGUCCGAGUUCCUUCACCUCUCUCCGACACCGCCGCUGCUGCUUUACGCCAUCUGCGGUGUGUCUGCGCUGAGCCGAAGCGUGCCCAGAGAGGUCCGCGGCGCGGUGCAGAUGACCAUCAACGCCUUGUUCCGUGAGAACGACUUCCUGUCUUCGUCCAACUCUGUGACGGUCCGAGCACUGCUCAUCAUGGCGUUGCAUGCCGACCUGCAUGGAUCUGCGGCACUGCAGAGCGGAACACGCUGCUGGAACCGGACGGGAGCAGCUAUCCGUAUGGCACAGGACCUUGGCUUGCAUCGCGAUGCCAGCGGCAAGGACGAACUUGCGCAUGAUACCUUCUUCUUGGAACAGAAGCGAAGGAUCUGGGGCUGCUGCGUUACCGCCGAUCGACUCCAAAGUAUCUCGCUCGGUCAUCCCAUGAUGAUCGACCUGACCGACUGCGAUGUGCGUCUCCCAUCGCCUUACGAGAUCUUGCGAUCGUCCAGUGAUCUGCCCUCGGAUCCGUCGACGGACCGCCCUUUCGCCUACAACACCGAGAUGCUCAAGCUCACCAUCCUCUUUGGCCGUGUCAUGAAGACCAUCUACAGCCCGACCGGCUUGAUGAAUGCCACGGACGAGGAGAUACUGAGCUUGCUACGCGACAUUGAUGCGUGGAAGGCUGCUCUUCCGGAAGAGCUCGUCUUCCAGGGAGCCGAAUCGAGUGGGCCCGCCGGCAUCUUGCACGUUGGAUUCGCUUGUCUCAUGAUGCUCUUCUUCCGCGUGUUCAUGCGCAUCUCGUACAUUUGCCCGACGCACCUCAAGUUCAGUCUCACCAUCGAAAGGAUGAGUUCGCUGAUCCAGUACUCGACAGAGGCCAUCGCAUGGGUGGACAAGAACGAUUUCUACCUCGACACGAUGCAGAUCGUCUCGUACUGUCUCGUCUCGUGCGCCACGGUCCAGUACCACGCGUUCGUACGUCGUGGAGACCAGAACGCUCUGACGCAGCUGAGGAAGGUCAACGAUGUCAUGGUACGCUACCGCUGCGAGAAUCACGAGCCAGACGAUAUCAGCAUGCGCGGAAAAGCGGCCAGUGUCAUCUCGCUUCUGUGCGAUAGCGCAGUGGGAGUGUAUGCGAAUACUCCCUCGAGCGGAUCGCUCAACCCUACCGCCGGAGUGACGAACCGCAAAUCCAAGGAAAACGUGCGUGGUAUCGUCUUCAAGCAGGAUCCUUCACGCCCUGGAGGAGGUGUCUACAUCGCUGCUGAUCAGAGGUUGUUGCUGCAGGACCUGCCGAAGGGCACGAUCAUCAUGUCCGAGACGCAGGACGGCAGUCGUGUUCCGGCGUUGGUCCGCACGGGCAACGAGCAGAAUGGAGGAUGGCAGACGUACGAGCAGUACCGAGCGGCGUUGGGACUGUCUACAGGCAAAGAUGGUAGCGACAACUUUGCCAACGCGUUGGCGAACGGCGGAUUUGCCAUGCUGAACAGCGUCAACUCGUCCGCAUCAGCAACGGGCUCAUCGGCGCUUACAAGCUCGAUUCCUGCGCUGGCGUCCUCUGCGCCAACUUCGGUCGGUAUUACGGUGAACGAUGGUUCUGCAGCAGCAGAUGGCAGUCUCAACCUCACCCAUCUGGGCGGCGACGUGUACCAAGAUGCGCAGGGUCAGCCGGUGACACGCUCGGGAACUCGUCUGCUUACGAUGGUACCCGUCGGUCCUGAUGCGCUGAACUCUGGCAACGCAUUCCUCGACUCGAACCUCUUUUCCACAGUGACGGGUGGCAAUGCGGAUUCCACCAACAACAGCAACAAUGGAUUCUUGAACACGCUCUCCCACCUUCCGUUCGGCGGUGCUUCGGGAACGCAGCUUUCCGUGGCUAAGAACGCCGUCUCGCCGACCAGUUCGAACUUCAACUUCAAUCCUCACUUGAACAGCGCGUUUUGGGCACCUGCGGGAAUGGUGUAUGAUUCGUCCAGCGGUGCAGGUGAUGCUACGGGUGGUGCGAGCGCGAGCAUGUUCGGCAGCCGGGUGGAUGCUAGUGUGCUAGAUGGGAUUCCGGGGGCACCGUUGGAUUUCGCCAAUUGGGACGCGUAUUUCAGCAGGAUUCAGGGUGGCGUACCUGAUGGGAGUGGGCAGCAGCAGCAGGAGGUAGGCGAGCAGCAGAGCGGGGCAGGGGGUGAUGGGACCGGGUUCGCGAACACGACUUUUGGGAUAGAGGCUCAGAUGAUGGAUGCUGGUAGGUUCUAG